UGUAGAGUUUACGUUGGGGGUCAGAAAGUAACAACUCACAAUGAAGUGUGUCGUUCUAGCCUGUGUUCUUUUCGCUCUUCAGAUCAACGCGCAAUGUAUCCCCAACAUUGCGCCUGUUCUCCCCACGACGGUGGCACCAGCCAUCGUCCCCGCUGGCUCCGUCGCCAACACCCUCGCUGAUACUCUCUCCCUACUGACUGUCAGCAGCCUGCUGGCUGAGAAGUUGCCUCUUGGAGCCCCCGUAUGGCCGGCGCCCUGCGGCUGCGGGUACAACAGCUGCGGCUGCGGCUACCCGUACGGCAGCAUCCUUAUCUGAAUUUGAAUAAAGAAUAAGAAUGUAAA